UUCUUGUUAAAACCGCGAAAACAUUUCCCAAUUACUGUAGAAUAACGAUGCUUCAGUAUUCAUUUCUGCACUUUCUUCGUCUGAAAUCGGCGCUCUGGAAUUAGGUCUUAAUGCAUUUUUUAUAUGAAGGACUAUAAGACGCUUGGACAAUGUGGUUGAUCAAUGCAGAAAAUCACACCUGGAUUUCAUGGAUUACCUGUCUGUAAUGUACAUUCCAUGAGAAUGAGUUUUACAGAGCUGCACAGCAUUGGAAGUGUUUAUCAUUGCUUAUAUUUUUUCUCAUCGUUAUCGUACGUUGUUUCCUUUAUGUUUAACUACAGUGCCGAAUCACCCCCACCUUUUAUUAAUUUUUCAAACAUAUCUAAGACUGUGCCACAAACCCCAAAUACCUCGAUAUCUUCCGACAUUGACGUUGUGGCGGAAUUUUUGAAAAUCGUGGCACAAUUUGAACAAAAUAAAGAAAAUUGCAAAGCUGGGCAAUACGAUUUAGGGGAAGGAGUGAUAAAGCAAUACGGAAAGAACAGGUUCAAACAACAAGCUUUAGUAGCAGUUAACAGAGCGAACCUUUUAACACGAUUGUGGAAAGAAGCCGAACCGGAAGUGCUGAAUUCGGAAUACCUCUUUUUCACUCAAGUUCGUAAUUUUGUUGAGGGGGAUGAUGAAAUUUUUGCGGCUGGGAAUUGCUAUGACUACAUGGAAUUUAAGGACUAUUAUCUAUUUUGUCCGUAUGCUUACCGAAUGGAAGACGGUAGAAUUAAUGUGAAGGAUCUUUCCGUGGAGUACGACUACUUAGGAAAUACUUCCGAGUUUUUCUAUUCCGCUAAAGUAAAUGCAGGAAAGCUAGAGAAUUUCAAUUUCACGAACGGGACAGCACAGCCAAGAUAUAACCAAAGUAUGCAUGGUGACGUCAUUAACGACAGUGUCAUCACUGUGACAUAUGAAAAUGGUCAUUGGAGCAAGCCAUACUUUGACUGCGGUGGUGGCGACAUCUGGAUGAUGACCUAUACUGUUCCUUUCUUUGGGUACAAAAAUGGGACAUUUAAAUUCAAAGGCACCAGUGGGAUAGAUAUCGCUCUGGACAAGGUAGAUAUAGACCAAUGUCCUCAACCGGAAGAUGCCACAGAACCCAAUGUUUUUGCAGGAUCUGCAAGAUGUAAACCAGAAACAACUAAGUGUGAGCCAUUACGUGGUUUGGGAUUCAAAAGAGGAUCGUAUAAGUGCGUCUGUAAAGACGGGUUUUAUUUUCCGUUCUAUGAUCAGGGACAUUUAGAGAAAUACUUUAAUGGGUCAGAAAUAGAAAAUGAAUAUGAAAAGAAAAUGAAGGGUGUCGAGAACAAAUAUGAUGACCUGUAUUCUUUCCAAUGCUUCAUGUGUGAACCCGGAUGUAUAACAUGUGAUGACCCCAGUCCAUGCGUGCUCACGCUUAAUUGGAUCAUGCGCAGUAUUCUCUUGGCUAUUUCCAUUCUCAUUCUUUGUGGCAUUCCACUUCUAGUCUGGUUCACCGUCCAAUACAGAGAUGUCAAGGUUUUGAAAGCAGCAAGUCCAGUUUUGAUGCGAAUUAUUCUUCUUGGUGCAUUCUUUUUAUAUUGUCCGUUAAUUGUAGGGUACUUCGAGGCAAGCGUCUUCACGUGCAUUCUCCGAUUCUGGUUCCGUGAAAUAGGAUUUUCCAUCUCCUACGGGGCGCUAUUAUUAAAAACAUGGAGAAUAUCUGUUGUAUUCAGAGUACGAUCAGCUCAAAGAGUGAAAAUUUCAGAUGGGGACCUCAUAAAAAGAUUACUGUUAAUCACUUUAGUCUGUGCUGCUUAUUUAACAGCAAGAACCAUUGCAGGAACUCCAAGAGUUGUAGAAGGAAAGCAUGUUAAUGGCUUAAAAACGUAUCAAUGUUCCUCUGACUGGUGGGAUCAUUCCGCCGCUAUUGCGGAGUUACUUUUUCUUUUAUGGGGCGUUCGAUUGUGUAUCGUGGUGAGAAAGGCACCAUCAGAGUUCAAUGAGAGCAGAUUCAUCAGUUGGGCCAUAUACAACGAGACCCUGCUUUCGUUAUUUCUUAAUGUUUCUAUGAUUUUCCUGCAGGAUCCCUUUCCUGCCAACCCUGAUUUAAUGUAUUUAGUGAUCUUUAUCCACACACAAUUAACCACGACAGUUACUCUCACAUUUUUGUUUGGGAGUAAGAUGUAUCUAGUGUAUAAAUAUAGAGAAAAGGGUGAAAGUAAUGGUACUCACACGACCAUGUUGAACAAAGGUUCAAAGUCAACGUUCAACGCCAAACAAUCUGUAAACAUGGGUAGUGCCCAUUCCAAUAAUGUAAACUGCUACACAUAUACAGACAGACAUGAUGACACUGAAUGUGACAGUCUGCUGGAAAAAGAUAUACAAGAGGAAUUUCGACGUCUUUACACACAGUUAGAAACACUAAAACAGCGAAAUAUGAAGAUAGGAAACCGUCACUUACAACACAAACUGUCGGCCAUGACGGAGGCGGCCCAAAAAGAAUCUCCGAAAACCUCCCCCACGUCCUCGCCUCUGUUGAAUGGCAAACGAGUCAUCAUCAAUCUGGACUUGUUCAAAGAGUCUUCGCCAUUAUGACGAAAUCAAUCCAAUGGAUGGAUUAAUUUGUGUUUCAUUUCUUUUUGUCUUUUUGUCAACUUUACACAAGCGACAUAAUGUUAUUUAUGUCUUUGUUUUAACAUAAUUAUAUUUCAUAUUACGACAAAAUCAUAAUUUUUUCGCACAAGUUUUUUUUGAAUGCCUUAUAUGAUGUUUUGUCGU